GCCGUACUCUCGCACUCAUUAUUACACUGUAACAUUCAAAAGUUAAAGAAAAUAGUUUGUGUUGCGCGCCUUUUUUUGGGGUUUUAGAGAUAGAAGAUUUGGGCUGAAGUUCUUAGUCGAAGAUGGAGCACGCCGAGUUCAGAGUAAAGGCUAAGGAGAUGGUAGACUACAUAGCGGACUACCUCGAGAACAUCCGCGAGAGGAAAGUCUACCCGUCCGUGCAGCCCGGGUACCUACACAAGCGACUACCCGCUACCCCUCCCGUGCAGCCUGAGGCGUGGGACGACAUCUUUAAGGACCUUGACGAGCAUAUCAUGCCUGGGCUGGUCCACUGGCAGUCACCCCAUAUGCACGCUUACUUCCCCGCGCUGACGUCUUACCCUUCCAUCAUGGGAGAUAUGCUGUCCAGCGCGCUCAACGUACUCUGCUUUACUUGGGCGUCAUCACCAGCGGGCACAGAGCUGGAGACCAUCGCGAUGAACUGGCUCGGGAAGAUCCUGGGUCUACCGGAGUGCUUCCUCAAUGAGAAGAACGACAGCCCAGGGGGAGGGGUCAUCCAGACAACUGCGAGCGAAGCCACACUGGUCAGCUUAUUAGCAGCACGCACUAGGGCUUUGAUGGAACUAUCCAAACUGAACCCUGACCUGCAGUCUUCAGAGCUGCUGGGGCAUCUCAUCUGCUACUGUUCUGACCAGGCACAUUCGUCCGUGGAGAAAGCUGGACUUAUCGGUCUUGUACGCAUGCGCUACAUUGAGUCUGACGAGAAUCAGAGCAUGCGCGGCGUGGCCCUCGAAGAGGCCAUACUGGCUGACAAGGAGAAGGGGCUUGUUCCGUUCUGGGUGUGUGCAACCCUCGGUACAACAGGUUCCGUUGCCUUUGACAACUUGCGUGAAAUAGGCGCUGUGUGCGACACGCAUGGCGCAUGGCUUCAUGUGGACGCUGCAUAUGCGGGGAGCGCCUUCGUCUGUCCUGAAUACAGGCACUGGAUGAAUGGGAUCGAGAUGGCGGACUCCUUCGCAUUCAACCCUUCCAAGUGGCUGAUGGUCAACUUCGACUGCACUGCCAUGUGGGUUCGGGACAGCACGGCUCUGCACAGGACUUUCAACGUAAACCCGAUUUAUUUAAGGCACGAGAAUUCAGGAAAAGCUAUAGAUUAUAUGGUAGGCUCCCAAGUCUCCAACGUAAAACGUAUGUUACGCACCAAAGACAUCAAAGUCAAUGGUGAAAUCAUCACCAAUGACGAACUGACAAAAACAAAUGAAGAUCACAACGAUGAAGAUUCUCACGAUGAUGGAUUCAACAGCGGGGAUUCCAAUCAUGACCUUUAUGACGAUGAAGAGGGUCUACAUGGUUAUGAUAAGAUGUCUCCUGGAUGCGGAGAGAAGAUACAGCUGGAGAAUCCAGAUAAGAAGGAAUAUUUACAUUGGCAGAUACCUCUGAGUCGUCGCUUCAGGGCCUUAAAACUCUGGUUCGUGUUGAGGAACUAUGGCGUUAUCGGGCUCCAGAAGCAUAUCAGAGAGAGCGUCCGCUUGGCCCAAAAAUUCGAAGCGUUGGUGUUGGCUGACCAGCGUUUUGAAAUCCCACAACCGAGGAAUUUAGGCAUGGUAGCCUUCCGUAUGAAAGGCGAUAACGCUCUCACGGAGCGUCUGCUCAAACGUCUCAACGCCCGCGGCUAUAUUCACGCCGUACCUGCCUGUUUCAAGGGCACAUACGUCAUUCGGUUCACUGUGACGUCACAGAGGACCACCAAUCAGGACAUACUGGACGACUGGAACGAGAUAAAGACAGUGGCUUCCGAGAUCCUGAUGGAGGUCUUCGGAUCUGACAACGGCAAUAUCGUAGUGCUGAAGAAACCUAGGAUCUCUCUCAAAGAGACCCGCGAGCUGAACGCGACCUUCGGCACGUCUCUGCUCCUAGCCAACAGUCCCAUGAGCCCUAAGAUAGUGAACGGCACUCACGCGGCGAUCUGUGACUACGAGCAGGUGCUGACAUCUUGUGCGCAGACAUUUGCGCAGCUCAAGAUGGAGCCGAAGGAUAGUCCUGAGAUGCGCAGACGCAUCCGAGCCAUCAAGAUGUGCGGGAAGAAGCUGUCGCUUGACUCGUGCAUGGAUAUGGUGCAGGGCAUGAUGGCGGAGCAGGCCCUCCCCCAAUGCCGGGAGGAGGGGGAGGAUGUAUCUAACGAUGCCAAAGUAAACAACAUUGGAACCAACUAGAUUAAUGUGAUCGAGCCCCGGUGACAGGUCCUCGCUGUCUCCUUCCCCCGUCUCCGUCAAACAAGAGCCCAGUCCGGAAUCGAACCAGCUGCAACUCCCCACCAGGCAAUACCGCUCCAAAUCAGUCGACGUUUCCUUAACCGGUC